UAUUUUCGUGUUCAGAAAUUGACAACAUGGCGAGUCCAGAAGAAGAGUACGAUACGAGUUGGGUUUCAGAUUUGAAGCAGGCGCUGUUAUCAGAAUGCAGUUUAGAAAACAUUAAAAAAGUUUGUCAAGGUAGACCUGUGCCUGAUACUCUUAGAGCUGAAAUUUGGCAGAUAUGUUUAUCCAUAAAUGCAAGAAAUGAAGAGUCCUGGGAUGAAAUAUUUGAUCUACCUGUGCAGCCACGUAUUAGAGAAGAUUGCCAAAGUUUAGUUGAAAGAUUAGGAAAUGAAGAAGAAGAUAAAGUAUCUGUAUUAAGUGAUGUGGAAUCUGUAAUUACAAGAUAUUGCCGUUUGACUGGAUAUGAAUAUGAUUCAAAUUGGGUGCAACUUUUGGAACCACUUAUUGCUCUUAGGUUACCGAAGACCAAAUUAUUUUCUUACUUUUAUGCAAUUCACAAUAAAUACAUUCCAAAGUAA